UUGAGAAAUUCUCUCUCUCUCUCUCUCAAACAGAACAGAACAGAACAGUCCAACUCAAACUUGAGGAGAGAUAUGAGAUGAUAGUCUAGCUGAAACCAUUUUCACUUACACCAACACUCACACAGUCACACACCACAUCUUUUCAUUUGGUUUGGUGCUGCAGUGAGAAUCAAAGCACAAGAAACUGUUUUUCCAGUGUAACUUUGAUGUGACUUUUGGGUUUUUUCUGUUUGGAAGAGCUUGCAUCUUGGCAUUUUUAUUUCUCUUUGCGAGUGUCUGUGGAGAUUUAGUGUUUCUGCUUGUAAGUGGAGGUGAUGCACGUCCUUCGAUUGUUUUUCUGGCAUGGAGUUCCUUUUUGCUUUGAAAACUUUGUGCCUUUUCUUCAUAAAAUAUACAGAUGGUAGAUUGGGUACUAGCAAUUUUUCAGAGCAAUCUUUGAGUGUAGAUGCAGUGCUGAGACAUCAGGUAGUUGCAAAUAUGGGAACAUACACCAAUAGAAACCCUAUGAUACCUGAAGCUACGGCAGGGGCAUCCGUUCCACAUUUUACCUGGUUUUAUCCUGGAAGUUUUAUGUCUGCAUCAAAAUCCAACUCAAAUCCUUUGCAAGGGACUCAAAUGAACCCAGAACCGGGUAUUGCUGUUACUCCCAUCCGAACCAUUCCUGCCACAACUGAACCAAAAAAAAAUAUUAAUUCAGCAACUAAACCUGUGAAGGUUAGGAAACAGAAGAAUUCUAUGAAGGAACCUAAUCAAACUGCAUCCAAGGUUUUCAGGCCAAAGCAAGCCAAAAAAACUCCUUCUACUUCUAAAAAGACAAAAGGACAAAGUAUGCCUGAAGCAAAACGUGAAAAGAAGAUUCCGAUUAAUAUCGAUAUGGACAAAACUGACUUUGAUUUCUCUGGGGUGCCUGCUCCAUACUGUUCUUGUACUGGUAAUCCUAGAGCGUGCUACAAAUGGGGUGCUGGUGGAUGGCAAUCCUCGUGUUGCACCAUUAACGUAUCAGAAUAUCCUCUGCCCAUGAGUUCUACAAGGCCUGGGUCUCGCAUGGCUGGGAGAAAAAUGAGCAAUGGAGCAUAUGGGAAACUUCUACUGAGACUUGCAACUGAAGGUCAUGAUCUUACUCAUCCAGUUGACUUGAAGGACCACUGGGCAAGACAUGGUACUAACAAGUUCGUUAUAAUUAAGUAGAAAUAUGGAGAAGGGAAAUUAAAGAUUUGUUAACUGCUAGUAUAUAUCAUUCCCAUGUUUUCUUGUAGGAUGUAGUUUACUUCUUCAUCUUAGAGACAAUCCAAGUAAGUAGUCUGUAUAUAAAGUUUCUCUGAAGUUUCCUAGCAUCUAGACUUAUUUGGAAGGAAAUGCUGCUAUGAAUCUGGAGACAUGUUAUAACAUGAAUUUCUUUGCCAUUGUUAUUGUUGUAUUCCUUUCAGUGUCAUGUUAGUUUAUAUCUUACAUAAGAUGAUAAUUUUAUCACAAGAAGAAAUUAUGGUAA